AUGCCACCCAAGAGGAAACUACCCUCUACCAUUACAGAGCUUGCUGCCGCAACCGCCGUAGACUCUACAACUUUACCUCAAACGCCUAGCAAACGGCAGAAAACGGUAUCUAUGAGAAAGCGAGCAAUGCCUCCAGGAAGGCAAAAUACUCCAAAACUCAAGACUACUUCCAAAUGGUCUCCAACCUCUGUUUCUAGUCUUCCUCCCUCUCAUUCCAUUCCUGGUCUUUCCUCUUACGACUUUCCCAACGAAAACUGCUUAAUGUGGUUUCGUUCCGACCUCAGAUUACAAGACAAUCCUGCUUUAUCAACAGCAAGUAGAAUUGCCCACGCUAAUAGUAAAUUCCUAUUUGCACUAUACAUCAUAUCUCCGCAAGAUUGGCAAUUACACGAUACAGCGGCCAUUAAAGUUAAUUUUAUUAUGAGAAGUCUAAAGGUAUUAAAAGAAAAACUGGCUGCACUAAACAUACCAUUGAUUGUAGAGACAGUAGAGGAGAAAAAGAACAUUGCGAGAGCGUUGACGGACAUUUGUCAGAGAAUUAAUGUCAGUCACGUGUUUUCCAAUAUUGAAUACGAAGUUGAUGAACAGAAGCGCGAUAAAGAAUGCCAGAAUGAAUGCGAGACACAUAAAAUCAAGAUUGAAUUCUUUCAUGAUCAAUGCGUAGCUAUUCCAGGUUCAAUUGUAUCCAAGGAAAACAAACCUUAUACCGUGUACACUCCGUUUAAAAAAAACUGGCUGUCUACCGUAGAAUCGACAGAGGCGUUUUUACAACUCUCUCCACCCCCAACCACACCUUUUCCGUCUUGUAUCCGAUCCACCCAACCUUCUCUCUUCUCUCUUCCUAUACCUUCUUCUCCGGGAAUUUAUGAAUACCCACUCGCUCUUCUCUCCAUUUCAUGUGAACUCUAUCCAGCAGGAGAAGACGAAGCUCAUAAGCGUUUGAAUGCGUUCAUCGAGAAAAAGAUUAAUUCAUAUCACGAUGACCGUGAUAUUCCUUGCAUAGAUGGAUCAAGUGGUCUAUCUCCGUAUUUAGCUUCAGGGGUGAUUUCCUGUCGUCAGUGUGUGAAUGCUGCUCGUAGGGCAAAUGGCAACAAACUACAAAUAGGGAAAAAAGGUAUUGUUUCAUGGAUUGCAGAGUUGGUGUGGCGAGAUUUUUAUCGCCAUGUGUUGGUGGCCUUUCCCAGAGUUUGCAUGAAUAGAGCGUACAAGAUACAAUAUGAAAACGUGAAAUGGAAUGAGAAUGAGGAGAUGUUUCAAAGAUGGUGUGAAGGCAAGACUGGAUAUCCCAUUGUUGAUGCUGGUAUGAGACAGCUUAAUGGAAGCGGGUGGAUGCAUAAUAGGGUUAGGAUGAUUGCUGCUAUGUUUUUGGUUAAAGACUUGCUGAUUAAUUGGCAAAAAGGAGAAAAGUAUUUUAUGCAACAUUUAAUUGAUGGUGACUUUGCAAAUAAUAAUGGAGGCUGGCAAUGGUGCGCGUCUAGCGGAACAGACGCUCAGCCAUAUUUUAGGAUAUUUAAUCCUCUUCUUCAAUCUCAGAAGUUUGACCGAGAUGGAAUAUAUAUCCAGAAAUGGGUCCCUGAACUGAGGAGUCUGUCAUCGAAACUCAUCCACGAUCCGUAUGGAUCAUUGAGUCCAAAGGAAUUUCAGCAGUUAGGAUAUCCUGCACCGAUUGUCGAUCAUAAAGUUGCAAGACAGUUAUGUUUGGAGAGAUUUAAGGAAGCACUUGGGAAAUAA